AUGGCUAGCAAAUCUCCCUUUGACAUUCCCUUCGAUGAACUCCCCAACCCCAAGCAGGUGUGGGUUGGCGCGCCCGGCAGCCAUGAAGAAGGCCUCGGCAAGCUUGCUCUGCUGACCCCCGAAGUCGUGGCCCGGGCAGCAGCCAGCGAGAUCAAGACCGGCCGCAGAGUGACCAUGAACUGGGACCUGACCAAGCUGGACUACCCGGGGCUGGGUCGGACGCCCUGUCAGCAUCAGAUUGUUCCGCUGCUGGGCGGCAUUGCCUACGACGAUAUCUAUACCUUCAAUCCUCAACAAAGCAGUCAAUGGGAUGGGCUUCGCCAUUUCUCGCAGACAGUGCCAGGUCAGACCAAGCGGGUCUUCUAUGGCGGAACGACGGCGGAGGAGAUCAAUGACCGAAACAAUGACCGAAUUGGGCUCCAGCACUGGGCGAAAGAAGGCAUCGCAGGUCGAGGGGUUCUGAUUGACUACGCCGCAUGGGCGGAAAAGCGGGGCAUCAAGUACACCACCUUCUCGCAGCAUCAGAUCAAACUGUCCGACAUCCUGGAAAUCGCCAAAGAAUGCAACAUCACCUUCCAGAAGGGCGACAUCCUCCUCAUCCGGAUCGGAGUCACCAAGGAGUGGGACACCAUCAUGACUGAAGAGCAGAAGAAAGCGUACUCCCAGAACCCUAACCCCCAGCACGCCGGAGUCGAAGCGACGGUCGACGUUCUGCGCUGGCUGUGGGACACGGGCUUUUCUGCCGUUGCGAGCGAUGCGAUCAGCUGGGAGGUCUACCCGCCCGUGAAUCCCGAGUUGUUCCUGCACGAGUACAUCAUUGCUGGAUGGGGAAUGCCAAUUGGUAGGAAGAGUUCUCCGACCAGUAGGCAGACUGCGCCAGGCUGUGCUGACCAUGCUCCAACAGGAGAAAUGUUCGAUCUGGAGGCGCUGUCGCGGACCUGUGCUGAACUGCAACGAUGGACGUUUUUCGUGGCGUCGACGCCAUUCAACAUGCCCGGCGGCGUGUCUUCGCCUCCCAACAUUAUGGCCAUUUUUUAG